CCGGAAGCUAUGAAAGCACAACUUUUAGAAAAACGAAAUUGUAAUUAUAACUAUUCAAUAUGUUAUUAUUGCAGUCUAUGUAAUCCAUUAUUGAGAUAUAAUAAAUACUUUAUAUUUUCAUGUAUACAAUCAUGUUUGAAUUUCUAUAAUAAUGGAAAUGAGGUCCCUAAAUAUUUUCUAAAGAUGAAUGAUUUCGCAUUGCAGUUUGACAUAAUUUGAAAAAAUGGCAGAUGCAGAUCUUGCUUCUAAGGCAGCAAAGAAAAACAAGAAGCGCAAAAAUAAGAAAGGAGAGGGCAACACUUACAAAGGAGUCUCACUAGACCCAGCAGACUUGCUACCUGUACUUAAAGAGCAACUUGCUGUGGCAAAAGCAAACAAGGAUAGUGAACUAGCAAAUAAACUUAGAGAUCAGCUAUGGGUUAUUACUGACAUUGUACGGGGAGUAAAGACAGAUAUUCCAGAGGAGGAGUUACAGAAAGUGAUUGACAGCCUCCCCCUAUGUAGUCUACAACAGAGUGCCCCUGUUUCAGAAGCACCUAAGGCUGAGAAAAUAACAGGUCCAUCAGAAAGUGUGUUGGUAGGUGGGGGCGGUGGAGGUAGCAGCAACCUCACAACUGCAGAGAAACGAAUCCGUGCUUUAAACAAAAAACUCACUCAAGUUGAAAAACUUAAAGAAAGACAAGCAAAUGGUGAAAAACUGGAAGACAAUCAACUUGAGAAAAUUAAAAAUGUUUCAAAAAUUACAGAUGAAAUUAAGGAGUUAGAAGACAUUAUGGAGGCCGCUAGAAUUUCUUGAUGAAUAUUGCAUAUUAGUAAAAUCAAACAUAUUUAAUUCAUGCAUGACAUAUUGAAAUAUUUUAGAUUUAUAAUAUUAAUACUUGAAUUGAAUUGAUUGAAUUUGGAAAUUUCAUCAAAUUUUGUAUAACAAUAAAUU